AUGCAUUUUUUGAUCUAUUUAAUUUCCGCCAUUAUUGGUCUCUUCUUGUUAUAUACGCAUUGGCAUCGAUUUAAAGCAUUCAACUUCUACCAAGGCCGGCACAAAAUCGUGAUAUGCCUAUCCAAAAAGCGCUGUAAUCAACUAACGCCACUUCAAUCAAGAGCCAUUUCGAAUCAAAGACUUCGUCUCGCCUUUGGAAUUGACAAUGCAUUCACCAGCCAUGAAGAGGCUCGUGUGAAUCAAUUUGUUGCCCAAGCGAAAGGCCUUAUCAACCUGACCCCAAUCGCUUGGAACCGCCUUUCAGAAAUCGCCCACAAGGCUGUGCAAACUAGCAUCGAAAAUGAAACGGCAAACGGCCAUGGAGAGAUAAGAAUUCGUGUCAUGGAUUUGAUCCAAGCAUUGACACUACGGAUAGUUCUCCACGUUCUAUUUUCGAUGGAGGAAGAAACCCUCAACGACCUCCAUGAUAGUCGCUUAAUCAAGCUAGCCACCGAAAUAAACACCACUUGGAUAGCUUCAAAGAUGGAGACAACCCUAACUCCAUUCGAAAAUAACACCCGCCUCCAGGAGGCUCUCCUGGACAUAUUUACCUUCACACACGACCUAAGCCCGCAGAACAACCCUCAGAACCUGAUUCUGCCAGGCUUUGAAACCAUGUGGCGCAUUGUUCUGUGUAUGUUCAUCGAAACGGGAUACAAGACCGGCCUCCGGCACCCAGAGUGGCGAUCACAGAUCGCCGCAUUCGCUUGUACGCCAAGCAAGGCCGUGUUCACGGAGAGGGUCGGCAUAGACAAGGUCUCGGUGGAACACCUUGUGAAUGAGGCACUCCGGCUUUACCCGCCGACAAAAAGAAUCUAUCGUGCAUUUCAGUUUGAUGGGUCCAUUGUGUCGAAGGGCGAGGCCACAGAUAUUGAGGGAUCUCAUACAUCGCCGAUUAUUUGGGGGUCAGAGGCUAUGUCCUUUGAGCCAAGACGGUGGGAAACGUUGACGAGGACGCAAAGGCAUGCCUUUAUGCCCUUUGGCAUUAAGCCGUUUAUUUGCCCUGCACAGAGUGUUUUUGGGCCGAGGAUUAUUGGGCUGAUAGUGGGCGCCUUGUUUGGAGAAUUGGGAGAGGGUUGGACAUUGAGGUCGAUUGGGAGUGAUGGCAACGAGUUGUGCUCAGAGGUGACGCUGAGCAACGGGCGGGACUCAUUUGAUUCCUUAUACCUGAUAUAUGGGGGCGGCUCCCCUUUAUUUUAA